UGUAUGUCCUUGCAAUAAGACUAACCUAUUUUUAGGAGCCUUUCUCAUGUAUUAGGCUAUAUAUGUACCAUAUGUAUAUCUUUACUGCACACCACUCAGUGGCAAACCAGUUUGUUUAAAAAUUUAUGUUAAAUGACCACCAUUCAUUUUGAAUUAACAGGAAAGCUACAUUUCCUGUGCGUGACAAAAAUAGGAUGGUGGCAAGUAAGCUGAUAACGCACUUUUAAAAAUUACUGUCCUUAUUGGUAUGGGGUGGGCAAAGUAUGCAAUAACAGAGCAGUACUUGCUUGCCUUAGAGGCAAAAUCUUUUACAUAAAGAGUAAGUUAGGACUGUAAAGUACUUUAGAAUAAUGCUUGGCAUAUGUUAAAUACUGUAUGUGGUUUUUGUUAUUAUUCGCAAAAAAAAUCUAGAUAAUAUUCUUAAUUUAGCAGGUUACCUCUGGAACUUGUAACAGUUCUCCUAACAGUAUCUUAAGAAUUAUUAUUUAAAAAGCAUGUAAGCCUUUGGAAGCAAACGUUGUGUUUCCUUAUGAUCAUGCUACUUAAUCUGGUGACUUUAUAUGUCUGAGCAUAAAUUUAUUUUGAUGGUAUCGACCUUCCUUUAACCAGUUCAAGUUGAAUCAAUAUUUAAUGAUCAACUCGACUGUGCUCUGUACUAGACAGCACAGCAGGACCAACGGUGCCAAGAGUAGAAGACAGUGUGGGAGAUACGCGUUCAAAUAAUCCUGAGAAAAUAAAAAUAAGCAAUUAUAAUUCAAAUAAUCAUAAAAUAAUAAAACGAUAAAAAUCAAACUCCACAGGGUAGCAUUCGAACUUGGUGAGUUUCGGGAGAGCACGGUACGGAGAGAGCCAGGAUACUACUAUACAAUGUGCGAGGACUCCAGAGAAUCUGCACCAUCUGUCUAGCUCUGCUUAGGUAGCCGGCUCCCAGGUUCUGACAGUGACCUUGGCGGCAGAGCCCAGGGAGAAGCACAGGGCCCUCCCAGCCCCCUCCCUGCGGGCCCCGCGUCCCGCCCCGCGCGCGGAGUCCCUACCCUGCCCGGUGUCACCCGGCUCCCGCCGGGACCGCCCCCUCGCGGGGCUCGGGCCCGCCUCCCCGCGCAGGCUGGCCAAGGUGGCCCGGCUGCUCCCUGGCGCCCCCUGGCCCGGCGCCGGCGCCGGAGGUUUCCGGUGAGCGGCAGGAGCCGGUUAUGACGACUCUUCUCCCGAGCGAAGCCAUCUGCUGUUCCUCGGUAGCCCCGGCUCCCCAGGCUCCAGGCCUGUGGAAAUCCAGUCAAGGAAUACAGACGUGGAGGGAGCCCGCUGUUUGGAGCUGAAAGAAAAAGUAGCUCCGCCGCUCCAGCUUCCAUCUGCUGGAGAAGAGCACCCACCCAUCCCUGCGGGGCCUAGCGAGAGGACUCAGCCCCGGAAAGGCUUUCUGCCCGCCCCGGGGCUGUGCUUUCGUGCACCAGCAGCCACCUCCACCUAGCUUAUGCAAGUUGUAAAUGCCUGAAGCCUCACAACAGCUUCUGGGUGGUUCUGAGGAUUAAAGAGGUUUGGAGGUUGCUAUGUUAAUGCUGCUUGUCUUUGGAGUAUUACUUCAUGACAUCCCACUGAGUGGCCAAGCUGAGGCUUCCCCCGAGGCUGAUGGCAUUCCAGGUGAACCUCUGUUUAACUAUGCCAGCAUCCGCCUGCCCGAAGAGCACAUUCCCUUCUUUCUGCACAAUAAUGGGCAUAUUGCCACGGUCUGUAAGAAAGACUCGCACUGUCCUUAUAAGAAACACUUAGAAAAUCUAAAGUACUGCUGGGGUUAUGAGAAAUCCUGCAAACCAGAGUUCAGGUUUGGUUAUCCUGUUUGCACCUAUGUCGACAUGGGAUGGACGGACACUCUUGAAUCAGCCCAGGACAUAUUCUGGAAACAAGCUGACUUUGGAUACGCCGGAGAGCGGCUGGGGGAACUGCGCGUGCUCUGCCGGCCUGAGGAAGUGCUGUUCCUGUGGGAAGGGCAGGGAAAGAGCCACAACCCCACUGUGCACACCUCUCCCAAGGUGGUUUGUGGAAUGCUUUCCUGGCCGAGAUCUCCCUUGAAUGACUCAAGUCUGGUAUGUUCCCGUUAUCUUCAGUAUUGCAGAGCAGCCAAUCUCUAUCUGGAUUUAAGAAACAUCCAGAGAAACCACGACAGAUUUAAGGAAGAUUUUUUCCAGAGUGGCGAAAUUGGAGGACACUGUAAACUUGAUAUUCGUACGUUGAUGUCUGAAGGUCAGCGCAAGAGCCCUCUGCAGUCUUGGUUUGCUGAGCUGCAAAGCUACACGCAGCUCCCCUUCAGACCUAUAGAAGAUGCUAAAUGUGACAUUGUUAUUGAAAAGCCAACCUACUUCAUGAAAUUGGAUGCAGGUGUUAACAUGUAUCACCACUUCUGUGAUUUUAUCAAUCUGUAUAUUACUCAGCACGUUAAUAAUUCAUUCAGUACCGAUGUGCACAUCGUGAUGUGGGACACCAGCUCCUACGGCUAUGGUGACCUGUUCUCCGACACAUGGAAAGCAUUUACUGAUUAUGAUGUUAUCCAUCUGAAGACCUACGAUUCCAAAAGGGUAUGUUUUAAAGAAGCUGUGUUUUCCUUGCUCCCUCGAAUGCGGUACGGGCUGUUUUAUAACACUCCUCUGAUAUCUGGCUGUCAGAAUACUGGAUUAUUCAGGGCAUUUUCCCAGCAUGUACUCCACAGACUGAACAUCACACAAGAGGGGCCCAAGGAUGGAAAAAUUCGGGUCACCAUUCUUGCACGGAGUACAGAAUACCGGAAAAUACUAAACCAAAAUGAGCUUGUAAAUGCACUGAAAACAGUAUCUACGUUUGAGGUCCAGAUUGUCGAUUACAAGUACAAGCAGCUUGGGUUUUUAGAUCAGCUAAGGAUCACUCAUAACACGGACAUAUUUAUUGGAAUGCAUGGAGCUGGACUUACCCAUUUACUUUUCCUUCCAGACUGGGCUGCUGUGUUUGAACUGUACAACUGUGAAGACGAGCGCUGUUACUUAGACCUGGCGAGGCUCAGAGGCGUCCACUACAUCACUUGGCGAAGGCAGAACAAAGUCUUUCCUCAAGACAAGGGCCACCACCCAACUCUGGGGGAGCAUCCAAAAUUUACCAACUACUCUUUUGAUGUAGAAGAAUUUAUGUACCUCGUCCUUCAGGCUGCAGACUACGUGUUGCAACACCCAAAGUGGCCAUUUAAGAAAAAACGUGAUGAGCUAUAACUACGUUGAAACUUUUGCAAAAAGGGAGUGUUCAGAUACUCCAUCACCCAGACUCACAGUUAAAUCAGUCAACAACCUGUCAUUUCCUAGCCCCAAAUUACCUUUUCUGUACCAAAACAUGCCUUCAGGAUAUUACUUGUGUAUUUUAUAGUCUUUAACUGUUUCAUGUGAUUUUUGUGUCAUUGCUAUUUAUCCAGAUACUAUUUUUGCACUGAACGUUUUACUUUUUAUGGUUCAAAAAUUGAGCAUGGGCUCGCUGGUGUAAUUGAGCUUUCUUUUUAGGGAUACCAAAGUUUGCAACUUUCUUAGCUUUAGAAUUUGUAAAUGUUUUUGUAGAAUCCCGUGGGAUUGUAACUUCACUUAUUUAUGAUGUCUCUGAGUAAAUUCACAGCAGCUCUUUUAUUUGCCAUAAUCUGUUCAUAACACUCUUUGUGGUAAGAAAGGAAAACUUGUGCGCACGCGUACACACACACACACACACACACACACACACACAGAGUUGUGAUUCUCAGUACCAAGCUAUAGGACCAUGUUUUGGAUCAAACAGUGUUGUGAACAGAUCUGAUUUACUCUAUUAGUCAGAGUCCAAACUAACUUCCACUGAAUUCUCUGCUGUAUCUUUGUAGAUAUAAAAAGAUGCUCCGUGUUAUCUGCAUCAAGAACCUGAAGAAACCAUGCUGCUGUAUUAAUUUAUACUCACAUAUUUCAUAUGCAAGUCAUGUUUUUGCAAAAUGUAACAACUACCUAUGAUAAAAACACAUUAGAACAUUCUGUGGGACUGUGUACCUGCUAGCCGGUCUCCACCGAGUCUUUUUUAGCUGUGGAGACCAUUAAUACAUCAAACAGUGGUUUCCGUUGCUUAUGUGUUUGUAACUGCAUAUGCCACGUGUGUGCAUCUACCUCUCGAGCAUGGAAAUAGUCCUACCUUUGAGUUCACAAACUUCCAAUUAGCCGCAUGAAGAGAAAUUUUCCCCAUAGAAAAGUAAAGCCAAAAACUUAAGAUACAUGUGCAUGAUCCAAUUCAAAAUGAAAAAGAAACCAUAAGAAAGUGCCAUUGACUAAAAAGAAUAUCUAAAAUGCAGUCCCACACUUUGAAUGGGAUUCAUUUCUUUUUGUUGAUGAACUUUCUUUUUAGCGGUAAAAAAACCAUGAGUUUAUUUUACUGCAGAAUGUGAAGUUUACAUUUUAUUAACACUUGAGUAGUCGAAUUCCGAGACUAAGGACUUCUAUUUUUUAAAGUACCUAGAAGCUUCUACAGCAGAGCUAAGAACUUUUUUUUUACAUUUUAGAGGUGUAAAAAUUAAAAAAGGAGAACAUGCAACGGGAAUGGCCGGAGAAACCUAAAAUAUUUAUUAUCUGGGCCUUUCCAGAAUAAGUUUGCUGACUUCUGCUUUAGAGGAUUAUGAACAGUCUUCUAGAGUUUAGGAAUAUUUAUUAAAAUAUCUAUAAAGAAAAUAGUGGAUCACUGUAGCAAUAGCUUUGAUUUGGGUCUUAAAAUUGUUUGAAAAGAAUUACAACCUAAGUUUUAGAUGGCUGGGAUUACUGCUGCUCUUUGCGCAGUGCUAAGUACCCCCGAGAUAAUAUUCCACAUCGAAGGAAUCAUAAAGGCCAUGUUGCACUUUUAGUCAGAGAGGUAUAAAUACCUGAAAAAAUUAUCUGAAAAAAAAAUUAUCUUCUUACCCCAUUUUAAGAUGUGUAUGCAAAUAUGAUUCUAUAGAUAGAAUUUCGGAAAUUGAGAAAAAUUUCAUAAUAAAACUAUUAUAUUGAACACUUUGCAUUUAAAAAGAGAAUACAUUUUAUAUAAACAAGAAAGUACAUUUGACACUUGAUGGAAUUAACUUUUUUCAGAUUUUGUUAUGGGAGCAAAAGAAGAUCUUCAAAUUGUUAUAAAAUUUAAAAUGUAGAGACUGCUCUUUUUUAAAAAGAUGCAUUUCGUUGUAAAUUUGGGGUAUGGCUUUGGAAUAAAUCUUUAUAUUUUAUUUGAAUAGGAGA